AAGCAGUUGGCCACAGAGAGAGAUGGGCUAGGACAAUGCGUAGCUCCAAUAUAAUUCAUUCAUCACUCUAGUGUGUGUGUGUGUGUGUGUGUGUGAGAGAGCAUAGUAGGGGGGUGUGUGUCAGUGUGUGUGUGUGUGUCAGACGGUAUUCCUGCUCGUCUCGCUCCACCAGUUAAGUUAAAUCAGAGGCAGUCACUGGCACACUGCAGUGGUCUCUGUCUCUCUGUCCUGUCCUCCUCUGAAAGCAUCAACAACCUCCUGCUUCAGCGCCACAGGACUCGUGGAGGCCCUCGCCCAAGGCCUGUAUCAGUCACCACAGACGCACCCUGCCGACAGGGCCCCCUGUUUAAAAGUCUCAGGAUCUGGCACUAAAAAGGGAAAAUGAAGAACAUAACGGCAGGAGCGACAGAAGGGAUAGUUCUGACUUGCGGCAUGUCUGGAAUCCAUGAAUUCAUCUUCACCCUGGUACCCAUCGUCUACGGCUGUAUUUUUGUCAUCGGCAUUGUCGGAAACAGUAUGGUGGUGGCCAUCAUCUACUGCUACAUGAAGCUCAAGACGGUGGCCAACAUUUUUGUGCUCAAUCUUGCUAUCUCUGACCUUACCUUCCUGAUCACCCUACCCAUGUGGGCCACCUUCACUGCCACAGGCUAUCACUGGCCCUUUGGAGGAUUCCUGUGCAAGGCCAGUGCAGGCCUGGUGAUUUUUAACCUCUACACCAGCGUCUUCUUCCUCACAGCACUCAGCAUUGACCGUUACCUUGCCAUCGUUCAUCCAGUUCGAUCACGCAGGUUCCGCACUGUGUUGUAUGCACGCAUCACCUGCGUAGUGAUCUGGCUUUUCGCCUUUGUGCUUAGUGUGCCCACAGCACUGACCAGGGAUGUCCACCACAUCUCUAACACCACAGUGUGUGGCAUUCUGCAUCCUGAGAGCAUUGAAAAUGAAAGAGCAUUGAAAGAGCUCUUGCUGGCCAUCAGCCUGAUGAAAAGCCUGCUGGGCUUCCUGGUGCCCUUUGUCGUCAUCAUCACCUGUUACUGUCUCAUCGGACGGACACUUCUGGAGGCGAGACACAUCCAGAAAAGCUCCCGUUCCCGGGAUGACGAGGUGCUGCGCAUGCUUGCGGCAGCUGUCCUGGCCUUCUUCCUGUGCUGGGUGCCCCAUCAAGUGUUCCACUUCAUUCAAGUGCUCACCCAGCUGACCCAGCUGGACUGCGCCAUCCUGGAGAUCAUUGACACGGCCAUGCCCUUCACCAUCUGCAUCGCCUACUUCAACAGCUGCAUUAACCCUAUUGUGUACGGCUUUGUUGGGAACAACUUCCGCAAAAACUUACUGCGCCUGUUGCGCUGCUCACCAGGUGGAGCGACACAUCCUCACAUGAGCAUCAGCUCCAAGAUGAGCGCCCUCUCUUUUCGUACCUCUGAGGCUCUUAGCCUCACAGCCAAGAGUAAAGCCUCCUCUGACGUUAAGUGAGAAAAAAAUAAAGUAAUAGGGUACAAGUUCACUCUCCGCGCUCUUUUGGUCUGUGGUUAAGGGGCCGGGGAUGGAGACAUUCCAUGCUUUUAAAACCCCAACUGUAUUACCAAGCACUGAACCAUGCAGAGUGGUUGAAAUGUUGUAUUCAUGUCCCUCUCUCUUUCACUUACAGUAUCUGCAGAAUAAUUAUUCAUAAACCUUCACGUCACACAGCACUCACGCACAACACAAACAUAUGGUGAAGUAAAAAAGAAAAAUCCUUGAAUAAACUAUAUGAAUGGAGUAUUGCCCUGCAAUACGUAAUUACAGAUCGCUUAUCCCAUUAUUUAUAUAAGAUAUGCAUGUACUGCAAGAUUUUUUGUCGCCAUUUUGCCUUCAGGAUACAGUGCAGUAAUAUAUAGUCCAGUGUGUUCUGUGUGCUCAGCAGGUCUUUCACCAGUUAGAACAGUGAUCAAGUGCUCAGCAAAAAUGCCAAUGCUUAAAAAAAAAAAAAAAGCAACAACGAUGCAUGCUCUGCCAGCAGUUGUAUACAUGGAACAAUUGAAAAAGUGUAGCAAAAAUGUGAAUUUAUAUCAGUUAAUAAUAUACUUGACUAUGAUAACUAGCACCUGUAUACUGUAUGUGGUCCUGUCAAAUUAUGUACACCUUGUAAUCUAUAAAAAGUGCUUGCAUAAUAAGAUUGAAAUGCUGAAAUGUGUGCUAGCCUGGGAGUAACAUGCUGUCUAAAAAGGAGUGCUACACCAACACUCCAGGUAGGGUGAUCAUUGUCAAUAAUUUUGGUGGUUGUCUUUGUGGUAUUUAAACAUGUUGUACUACUCUGUAAGUGUACAGUUUGUGAAUAUAUAAAUAAGUUCAUUUUUCAUGUUUCUUUAUUAAAUCAUUAUAAAGAAA